CUUAAGUUUGUUUUUCGAACAAGAGAUUAAGAUUUAUUUAAAUAUUAAUAACAUGAUAAUAAAUGAAAUCAACGAAUAAUAAACGAGAUAUUGAUUAUACUUUGAUAGACAUUUGGAUUAUAUCUAUUAUUUACAAAAGAAUGACCAAUCAGAAUACUUUGAUAUCGUAGUAUUUGAUCUGAAACACAGUAGAAGCAUUUUUUUUUUUUUUUAAGAGUUAUCUUUUUUUACGAUAUAAUAUCGUUACUUAUCAUUGAGCAGUUUGAGACGUAAUGAUAUUCGUUAAAAAUUUUUAUAAGUUGUUCUAAAGUAAUAACGACGUGUAACGUUGUUCUAAAGUAAUGAUGUAUAUAUAAAGUUGAAAUUGUUUAUUAUUUAGAAAUAAUAAAAAGCAAUUAUGUUGCCACCAACUUAUGUUGAAGGCUUCCAUGAUUUGGAAGCAGUUAAAAUAAUGGAAUAUAAAAAGUUGGGAAAGACAGAUCUAUUAGUUAGUAAAUUAUCUUUUGGUGGUGGACCACUUGGUUGUCAUUAUGGUAAUUAUGACGAAAAUGAAGCAAUUGAAACUAUACGACAAGCUAUAAAGGAAGGUGUAAAUUACAUUGAUACAGCACCGUGGUAUGGACAAGGGAAAUCAGAAAAAGUAAUUGGGAAGGCACUAAAAGGAAUUCCACGUCAAGCUUAUUAUAUUGCAACAAAAGUUGGAAGAUAUGAGUUAGAUGUUAAAAAUAUGUUCGAAUUUUCAAAAGAAAAAACAAGACAUAGUUUUAAAAACAGUUUGGAUAAUUUAGGAUUAGAUUAUAUUGAUGUUAUUCAGGUUCAUGAUAUAGAAUUUGCUCCAUCGCUCGACAUAAUAAUUACACAAACUUUACCAGAACUAUCAAAGCAAGUUGCAGAAGGAAAAGCUAGAUAUAUUGGUAUUACUGGCUAUCCACUUUCUGUUCUAAAAGAAUGCAUAGAGCAAAGCAAUAUUAAUAUUGCAUGUGUGUUAACUUAUUCCAGAUUUACUUUAUUAGAUGAUACUUUAAUGGAGUUUAUAUCAUUUUUUAAGAAAUAUAAUAUCGGUGUAAUUAAUGCAGCUUCACUUGCUAUGGGUCUUUUAACAAAUAAUGGUCCUCCAGAUUGGCAUCCUGCUAGCAAGGAAAUGAAAAAAAUUUGUAGAGAUGUUGCACAAUAUUGUAAGGAUAAUAAUGUGGAAAUAAGCAAAUUAGCUAUAUGGUAUGCUAUGCAAUGUGAAGAUACAACUACAAACUUAGUUGGUAUUCAAAAUAUACAACAAUUAAGAAUGAAUUUCAAUGUAUUAAGAAAUGGCAUUACAAAAAAGGAACAAGAAAUAUUAAAAAUAAUUGAAGAUAAAUAUUUCAGUCAGAUUAAAUGUAAACAUUGGGAAGGCAAAGAAAUCGAAACAUACUGGCAGGCUAUGAAAAUGUAAAAAAUAUUUUUAUUUGUUUAUAAUAUAUAUAUAUCAUACAAAAUAAUAUAAUAAUAUAUAUAUUUUACAAAAAGUUAUCGAAUACAAAAAAUAAAUCUAAAAAUACAAUUUAUAUAUUUAAGAAUA